GCCACGCCAGGCCCAGAGGGCCGCCCUUUGCACAGAACGCCGCCCUAGUGGAUCGCCAUGGCACUGCUGGACGCCCAGGCGGUCACCGUGCCCUUUGAGAGCCUCAAGCGAGUCACACGGGAGCGCAAAUAUGCCAUCGAGGAGGUGGAGGGGUUGCUGGGGGAGGUGCAGCAGGCGGCGGGCGGCGCCGGCGGCGAGGCGGGGUCGGAGGCCGCUGCGGCACGCCUGGAGCAGUAUGAGAAGCAGCUGCAGGGCCUGAAGCGCAAGCUGGAGGCGACCAGCCUGUGCGAGCGGCAGGAGCUGGCGCGGUGUCGGGCGCGGCUGCAGCAUGUGCACGACCUGGGGCCGCCCGCCAGGGACGCGCAGGUGGAGUGGAGCCGCCGCCGCAUUGACCGCCUGCUCGUCGACCACAUGCUGCGGGGAGGGUACAACCGCGCGGCGGCGGGGCUGGCGGCCAGCGCGGGCAUCGAGGCGCUGGUGGAGCUGCACAUCUUUGGCGGCGCGCAGCGCGUGGUGGAGGCGCUGCGCGGCCACGACUGCGGGCCGGCGCUGGCGUGGUGCGAGGAGAACCGGGCGCGGCUGCGCAAGGCGAAGAGCAAGCUGGAGUUCAAGCUGAGGGUGCAGGAGUUUGUGGAGCUGGUGCGUGCGGGGCAGCAGCUGGAGGCGAUCGCGUAUGCGCGGCGCCACCUGGCGCCCUGGGCGCCGCAGCACAUGCCCGAGCUGCAGCGCGCGGCGGCGCUGCUGGCCUUCCAGGCGGGCACGCAGUGCGCCCCCUACAGGCAGCUGCUGGACGACGCGCGGUGGCUGGAGCUGGUUGACCUGUUCCACCAGGAGCUGUACCGCCUCAACUGCCUGCCCCCCACAUCUCUCCUCUCCAUACACCUCCAGGCAGGCCUGUCGGCGCUCAAGACGCCGCUGAGCCUGGCCGACAGCUGCUGCCGCGAGGACCCGCUGCACCUGCCUGCCUUCCGCGCCCUGGCCGAGGGCCUGCCCUUUGCCAAGCACGUCCACUCCAAGCUCAUCUGCGCGCUGAGCCACACACUGAUGAACGAGCACAACCCGCCCGCCGCACUGCCCAAUGGCUACGUGUACAGCCAGAAGGCGCUGCAGGAGAUGGCGGCGGCGCACGGCGGCCGCGUCACCUGCCCCCGCACCGGCUUCAGCUGCGACGUGUCCCAGCUGCGGCGCGUGUACGUCAGCUGA